AUGACGUCGCAAUGGGAAGCAGCCCUGGAGGCAUUGCGGAAUGGGGAAUGCGUGGCAGUGUUGGACGGGGAGGAGCGGGAAGGCGAGACUGACCUCUUCUUCCCCGCCGCGUCCCUUUCUCCUGCCUCGCUGCGGCUGCUUCGCACUCAAGCUGGCGGGGAGAUGUACAUGUCGGUCGGACACGAGGUGGCGUCGGCAUUUGGGCUACCCUACAUCGGAAAUGUGCUUGCACUGACAGAGGUGAGCGCGAAAUUCCCCGUGUUUCAGUACAUGGAGAAGUCGAAAGGGGAAAUGUGUCAAGGCUCGUGUUCGGUGGGGGUUUCUCUGGAUCACCGGACCACCAAGACUGGAGCUCCGGAUGUCGAGAGGAGUUACACUUGCAGACGGUUAGCUGAGCUGUUCCAGGAAGUCAAAGAGAUGGAAACCAGCGUAGACGCGUCUCAGAGGCGUUUUGGGGAGGAGUUUCACACCCCGGGUCACAUUUUCCUCUGCGUGGAGAAUGGCAAGGGGUUGAGUGUUCGCACAGGGCAUACCGAGUUGUCCAUAGCGCUAGCCAACGCCGCAGGCGUCACGCCUGUCAUGGUUGGUUGCGUUAUGCUUAGCAAUGACGGUGACGACUUCGGAGCUCUACGUCCUGCUCCUGCGAGGGCUUGGGCCGCCAGUCGCAACAUUCCCUUUUUAACUGGCUCUGAGAUUGUCAAACAUGUUCUAGGAUAG